CUUGACCCAGGAAUCAAACUUGCGUCUCUUAUGUUUCCUGCAUUGGCAGGUAAUACAUCAUUUCCUAUUAACUCACAAUUGCCUCAAAGCAUUCCAAUUAUGUGCAAACAGAAAGAGCACUUAAAUAUAGGGAAGGGGUGCACUCCGGGGGCUGCCCCCAGAUCCAAGCUACAGGCAUCCUGAGACUAUGGAAAAGUCAGCCUCAUGGCACAGCCCACCUCGGACUUCGAGCCUGAAAAGUUGGACUCUGAGCCAGCGGUGUUGAGCUCCAUGUCUCCAUCCUUGGACUCCGAGCCUGCGGUGUUGAGCUCCAGGUCUCCGCCUUUGGACUCCGAGCCUGCCGUGUUGAGCUCCACGUCUCCAUCCUCGGACUCCGAGCCUGCCGUGUUGAGCUCCACGUCUCCGUCCUUGGACUCCGAGCCUAAGGCGUUGAGCUCCAGGUCUCCACCCUUGGACUCCGAGCCUGCGGUGUUGAGCUCCACGUCUCCGCCUUCGGACUCCGAGCCUGCGGUGUCGAGCUCCACGUCUCCGCCGUUGGACUCUGAGCCUGCGGUGUCGAGCUCCACGUCUCCACCCUUGGACUCCGAGCCUGCGGUGUCGAGCUCCACGUCUCCGCCGUUGGACUCUGAGCCUGCGGUGUUGGACGCCAAGGCCGCGUUGGAAUCUGCUUUCAGCCGACAGACGAUCAAGUCCCUGUUCCCGCCGGCAGUGGACAACCCCUUCACGCAGCACACGCAUAUCAGCGCGUGGCGCUGGGCCUGCAUCGUCCUCAUGGGGACCGUGUUGGUGCCCGUGCGGGUGUCCUGCAUCGCCUUCCUCUUCAUCUUCCUCUGGCCCGUGGCUGCGCUUUCCACCAUAGGCCGUCGUGCUCAACCAACCAGGCCCGCCAAGAACUGGAGAGGACUGAUGCAACCAACUCUAAAGUUCUUAUUUCGGGUGACUUUUUUUUUAGCAGGGUUCCUGGUUAAAGUGAAAGGGAAAAAGGCCACCCGAGAUGACGCCCGCAUCUUCGUGGCAGCCCCGCACUCCAGUUUCUUUGAUGCGAUCGCCUGUGUCGUGGCUGGGUUACCCUCGGUGGUCUCUGCGAGUCAGAACGUGAAUAUCCCGGUGGCUGGGAGAUUCUUGCUGUCGACGCAGCCGGUGCUUGUGGCCCGAGAUGACCCCAAUUCCAGGAGGACCACCCGGGAGGAAAUCCUGAAGCGAGUGACAUCCAACAGAAAGUGGCCACAGAUCCUGAUUUUCCCAGAAGGAGUGUGUACCAACCGCAGCUGUCUGGUCACUUUUAAACUAGGGGCCUUCUCUCCAGGGGUGCCCGUGCAGCCAGUGCUGCUCAGGUACCCAAACCCCCUGGACACCGUGACCUGGACCUGGCAGGGGUUUACAGGCUUCCAGGCCUGUAUGUUGACCCUAAGCCAACCAUUCACCAGGGUAGAAGUUGAGUUUAUGCCUGUUUAUAUUCCAAAUCUCCAAGAGAAAAGAGACCCUGUCCUUUUUGCCAAUACAGUGAGGAUCAUCAUGGCCAAUGCUCUUGGGGUGCCAGUGACAGACCACACUUAUGAAGACUGCAGAUUGAUGAUUUCUGCAGGCAACCUGCAACUACCCAUGGAAGCUGGUUUGGUGGAAUUUACAAAAGUUAGCCAGAAUUUAAAGUUAGAUUGGGAUAAUAUUCAUCAGUGCUUGGAUAAAUAUGCUGAAAUUGCAGUUGCCUCCAAAGGAGGGAAGAUAGGAAUUGAGGAGUUUGCAAAUUAUUUGAAACUCCCAAUUUCAGAGCCCUUGCAACAACUUUUUGCCCUCUUUGACAGGAAUAAAGAUGGCACCAUAGACUUCAGAGAGUAUGUGAUAGGUCUGACCGUCCUAUGCAAUCCUGUCAACACUGAAAAGAUUCUGCAAAUGUCAUUUAAGCUUUUUGAUCUUGAUAAAGAUGGUUUCAUAACUGAACAGGAAUUAGCAGCUAUACUUCGGGCAGCUUUUGGAGUACCAGAUCUUGACGUUUCCACACUCUUUCGGGAGAUAGCUGGACCAGACUCAGACCACAUUUCAUACAGGACCUUUAAGACAUUUGCCCUGAAGCAUCCAGUAUAUGCCAAGUUAUUUAGUUCAUACUUAGACCUCCAGGCGGCCUAUGUAUAUUCAUUACCACAACCAGUACAGGCUUGAUGAUUGCAUUCAGAUGUUAAAGUCAGCCCUGAAAAUGGUGAAAGUAACAUCCAAGUUGAAACUAUGAUUGAAAUAAAAAUUAUCCUUUGAGGAAAAA